AUGGAAAACGAGAAUGUUAGAAACCAAGAUUUGCUAUUAUUGAUAUACGAUUUUGAGGGUAAUAAUCAACCUAACGAAGAAUUGAUCGAAAAUGAAAACGCGGCGGUCGAUAUCAAUAUAAAUCUAUUUGAAACUAUCCAGCAACUUGUUCCCGAAGAUGAAGAAAUUGAACCUGAAAUGAACAAUGUACCUCAAGAAGGAGGAAACAAUAGACCUGAGAUUGAUAUGACCGCUGAAUAUGGGCUGCAUAGAGUCGAAGGUAGCAUGGACAUUUGGCAGGACUUAUUACUUGAACCAGACACAGACAACGCUGAACGCCAAAAUGCCGAUCCAAUGAUUAUAGAUAGAGAGGAGUUGAUUCGUAUACUUGAAAGUGGCGAUACUCAAGAUCAGUCUUGUCAAACGGAGCCUUGUGAAGAACUACCGGAAACUUCAAGUAAUGUAUGUAGCAUCUGUCGUGAUAAAAAUAAUGUUGCAUGGAUUUGGGUGGACAAGUGCUCAAAUUACAACAGGAUAUACACUAUAUACGGCACCACUCUGGACCGAUGGCGCUUCCAUACACCUGAGGAGGAACCUCUGGUCCUCCAACAGUAUCUUGGGUUCGACGAAACAAGAGCCAUAACUCAACAAUUGCUUCUGGCGCAACAGGCACUUCAGGAACCCACACUGGAGCGCCUCGAGCGUCAUCAUUCUCCUCAUUUACGUCGGGCGAUGUCUCCAAACCAUCGCCCGUCACCUCCAGCCCUACCAACUUCAGCUUUUCAUCCUACUAGACUGCCACCGACGAUGUCUCCGCAUCAAAAACAUCCGCUCAAUUUCAUCAAAUUACCUACUCCAAACGGGCCGAUCUCCUCAAAUUCUCCUCCAAGCAAUAUUGCACCCUCUCCUUUGAACUCUUCGCCUUUGAAUCGUUUACAAAACAUGCAACUUUUUGACUUCCGGAAGCUUGGUGCUGGACACGCAGCUUUUUCUUCAAGAGUAAGUCCCGAACGAAGAAGAAUAUCUGAAAACGAAUCAGUUGGCUUGAAUCUUACUAGAACAACGUCGAUGGCUUCUUGUCUGCCUCCACCGUUACCUCCGCCUUCAUCUUUGAGUCAUUCUGCUGCAGCUAUGGUAGCAGCAUCAGUGAACUCCCUUGCUGCUGCUAGUUUAGUAGCAUCUUCAUUUCCAGGCUUAAUGUCAACAAGAAUGUCAACUGGAAGUAAAUCUCCAUCUAGUGCUGACGUCUUGAGUAGUGGAAAUACAAACAGUGAAGAAGACGAUGAUGGUGAUGAAAAUUCCCAUAGUGUUUUAAAUUUAAGUAGAGAUAGGGAUGCUCUUAAAAGUCCAAGACAAACACGUAUUUUGCCCGGGAGAAAACCGUCCACACCUACCAAACGAUCGUGGGGUACACCAAAUUUACCUUUAAACUUAGGAACGCAGUUUAUCAAUCCCGCUACUGGAAAGAAACGAGUUCAAUGUAAUGUUUGUUUGAAAACGUUUUGCGACAAAGGUGCUUUAAAAAUUCAUUUCUCUGCUGUACAUUUACGAGAGAUGCAUAAAUGCACUGUUGAAGGUUGUAAUAUGAUGUUCAGCUCUAGACGAUCCAGAAAUAGACACAGUGCUAAUCCUAACCCAAAGCUACAUUCACCCCACCUUAGAAGAAAAAUAUCUCCUCACGACGGAAGAAGCUCCCAAGCACAUUCAAUUUUGAUGCCUCCGCAAAGUGGACUGUCCCUUCCGGCGGCAGCAGCAGCCCUUAGUCCAUUGAAUCCUUUUGGUCCUUUUCCUCUAUUGACACCACCACCGGAUAUGAAAUACCAUUCGUUACCUCCAAUGGACUUUAAACAAACGCUAGACCUAAGUAUUCAACGAAUGAAAGAGAGCAAAGGUACAUAUCCAGAUUAUUCAUCGGUUCAAGUAUUCUCGAAUAAUCAACAACAUUCGGAGGAAGAUGAAGAUGAUGAUGAUGGUAUCGUGGUUGUAGGAGGGGAUGAGGAAGAAGAGCAAGAAAAAGACAAAAAAGAAACAACUAAUGGAACAACUGAUGUUCAGGAGGGACCUGAAGAUUUGGUUAUGCCUGCAAAAAAGCAAAAAAUGUCAAUAUCAGAUAUAGAUGAAGACAUAACAAGUAAUGUUGAUAGUAAUGAAGAUUCACUUAGCGUCGUUGAUACCCCUAGCCUUAACGAUGAACCGAGUGUUCAAAUUAAUAAGAGAAAAAGAAAAAGUCAAAAUCCAACAAGAUGUGCUGUACCUGUGAUGAUGGAGGAUGCUGUUAGUGAUGGAGAUUCUUCCAAUGACGUAUUUUCUGAAAGAUUAGCCGAUCAGGUACGGCUAGAACAAGAAGAAAAAGAAGAGAAAGAAAAAGAAAAUAACAGUGAGCUGCCAGUACCUGUAGAAACCAAAAAAGAAUAUGCAAGCGAUACUCCUCUUGAUUUAGGAAAACGGAGUCCAGAUGUUAAUGCAAAUGAAACAGAAAAAAUUACACACGAAAUAAAAACUAGUAUAGCACCAUUAUUUACAAUAGAUAAGCUAAAAAAAGAAAAGCAGCAUCAGGAUUCGGAGACUCAGGAAGAUAUAGAAGACAGGCCGACUAGCUCAAUGGAAAGCAACAAAAGUGAUGAAUCAUUCGACUCUACAAAUCCAUUACGACAACUCGAAAGUCUUUCUCAUGGUCAUUUCAAUGAUCUAAUGGCUAGAGGUCUGCAUUUAGGUUUAGGAGGCCAACCUCCAUCGUUUCCUCCGUUGGGGUUUAUGAUGGGUACUGGUCCCCCAAGUCCCACUCGAUCUCAAACAUCCUCCGGAGGUAGUAGUAAUGGAAGAGAUUCUCCCGAUGAUAGCAGCCAACAUCAGUUAUUCGGGCAUUUUGACAACGGCCAGUUUAUUAGUGGUAUGGAUGUACCAGUAGAUAAAGAUAAUCCUCGAAGAUGUACAGCGUGUGGUAAAAUUUUCCAAAAUCAUUUUGGUGUUAAGACUCAUUACCAAAAUGUUCAUUUGAAACUAAUGCAUAAAUGUAAUGUAGAUGGUUGCAAUGCCGCUUUUCCUUCGAAGAGAAGUCGGGAUAGACACAGCGCUAACUUAAAUUUACAUAGAAAGUUAUUAUCCACUACUUCAGAUAAAUCUACAGCUAGUUUAUUUUUAGACAAAUCGCCGUUUGCCAGCUUAGCAAAUCCAGCUUUACACGGUGAUUUUCUCACAAGAUUAUACGCUGAAGAAGCUUUAAAAGGUCACCAUUUACCUCCUCCAAAUUUAGAUCAACUGAUGCUUAAUGGUGACCGUAUACCGCAUCCACCUCUUCUACUACCUCCCCUAGGUGGGCUUCCCUUUCCUUUAGGUAAUUUUAACCACUUUAGCCAAUUUAAUGGAUCCGCGUUGUCUACAACGCAUAAAGAACGUUCCUCGACCUCCAACUCACCUGUUUCCGGAUCACCUCCACCCUCAAACCUAUCACCUGCUCCUACCAAAUACAUCCACUGUGUCGAAGAAGAUCUUCCAACUCCUGAUAAGGAGGGUAAUCUUCCAUGCAGACUGUGCAAAAUCGCUUUUAGUACUACCGCGCUACUCAAAGAACAUUGCGAAAAACACCAUAUUUCGGAAAUGUUUAAGUGUACUGUGAUGGGUUGUCCAAAAGUGUUCGUUUCGCGAACGAGAAGGAACAUCCAUUCCGAAAAUGAAUCUCUCCACGCAAAUUCUCCAUCGAAAGACGCUGAGCUCUCGUGACCUUUAAAAAACGUUAUAGAUUUUAGCGCGAUUCCACUGUGGUGGUGAUCUUAUUGAGAGUACCUACUUAUUAAAGAUUAUCUUAAUCGAUCAAAUUUGACUGCUUGCUAUUUUCAAGGAAAUAGUUUUUUUAUAAUAUUUUUUCAUUGAAGCUAUUUUAUUGGGAGGUGAGUAAUGAAAAACAAAUUAAAUUCAUAUUCUGGUUGGUACUCAAAUUUAUUUUCACCAGUGAACUGAUUUAUUCUAAUUUUUUUAUAUUUGAGUAUGGAAACAACUAUUUGUACAACUGUCAAAUAACUUUACCGCAUUUCUAUUGAUGCCUGAAUGUUAACUUGUAAUUUCUAGUAAAGUUUGAAUAAUUACUUCCAAUAUAAAAUGUUACGAGUUGCUGCUGAUCAGAAACAUUAGAUAUUUCUUGAAAAGUUUUGUUUCCACAAUUUUAUCAGAUAUUUUAAUGUGUUUGGAGAAGAUGGACAAUUCUAUAUUUUGUUAUAAAUCUAAAUUUUUUGGCAACAAGAAUUAUAGAACUUCUUCUGAAACAGUGUCCUUUGUAGUCCUUAUAUGUGUCUUUUUCCAAGCCAUUUUCCAAUUAUCUUGCACAUAAAGUAAUUUUGUUCCGGUAUCAGCAUCUUGAAUACAUUUAUUGAUAUCAUCGUUUGAUUCACUUCUUUCUUUUCGCACCCUUCGCGAAAACGAUCCUAUGUUUUCCCAUAUGCAUACUAACUUUGAUUUGGAAGGAAGUACUAAGGAAGUAAAUGCAAGAUGUUGGAUGUUGGAUGUUGAACCAUCUUCUUGAAAAUAACUUCAAAUUUAAACAAUUAAGAGCAAAUCAGUUACUAUAGUAACAGCACAGGAAGACCACUGGAUGCUGUGAAAUAGUACUGAUAGCAUUAAGGAUAACAAACAACCACCAAGAUGUAUUGGAAGUAUUUAUUUUUGAUAUAAUUCAGACGAUGUGAAUUCACAUUGACAGUUAUACAAAACACGUAUAUCGCGUUUUUAUGGCACAUUCCAGAGAAUUUUUAGCCUCCACAAAAUAAUUCAACCGUGUCAUGUGCCGUUAAAAAAACACUCAUUAUACAAAAUAUGCUAUUUCAUGUAAUCAUCAUCAUCUUUAAAAAAAUAUCAAAGAUUGUUUGCAAUCUAUUGACAGAGAUGUGAAUAAUGCAAAUUAUGUAGAAAACAAUCCAAAUGAGGUGAAUAAAACAAAAUAAAUGUUGAAUAGAGAAAAUUCUAAUAAAGAAAUUAAAGAAGUUCUAGAAAAUAUAGAAGAUAUUUUUAUAAAAAUUUACUUAUCCAAAUGUUAAGCCAUACUAAUACAACGCUUAACUUUCAUUAUUUCUACUACAUUAUAAGUAUAUUCUAUGACGAAAAUUCAAUAAAUUAAUAAAAAUAAACAAGUGUGGAUUUUCAUAACUCACCUAACAUAUUAAUGGAGGUAAAUAUGAUGUUGCUACUUACCAUAGAACUGUUCUUAGUUUCGUUUUAAAUGUAAUCAUACAUUAAUAUUUUUUCUAUUUUCUCACCACUUUAAAAGUUUAAUUCAUAAAACUUACCAUAUUAUUAAGUUUCUUUUUAAAAUAUAUUGUGGUAAUUGUUUUUUGUAAAUAUCUGCAAUUUUAGAACCAAUAUUUCUCAUUAGCCCUUUAGAUUAGUCAUGACAUAUUCACAUAUUUUUCUCACGUAUAAUUUUUCAGUAUUUGACAGUCUAUUCACAGCUUGAAAAUUGAUCAACAAUCCUUGAUUACAUGUGUAAAGUAAUUUACAAUUUUUAUUUGAAUAAAUUGAAAUAUCUCGUUAAUAAAUUGCCGUGGAAUUCUUAAAUACCCUGUAUAUUUCGGUCCCUACUGAAAAUUUAAAAAUAUGCAAAACCAUUUCUUACUUUAAGACGAAAAUUUACGUCUUUCCAAUUGAAUUACAUCGCCCUUUUAGAAAUUAUUAUGACGUGGCUUUGCAAAUUUUGAUUUUUCUGUGGAGGGCGAAAUUUGGAGAGCUUUGAACACCCUGUAUGAAUAAUAACACGCCAAUGAACGAAAAAAUGAGAAACUUUAAGGAAAUAUUAAUGUAUGAACUUUAGCUUAUGAGAGAGGGUCAAUAAGUUCGUAACUUUUUGAAUGAAACACAGGUUUUUGUAUAAAAAUCAUUCUAUUUUUCGAUUAUACACUCAGCCCAAUCCAACAUUUUUUUUAUCCCAAAUAUUUUGUGAGAUUAUUGAAGUCCAUUUCCUUUUCAGAGUAAUUUCCUGAGGUACAAGAUAUAGCCACUCUGUCUAAAAUAACUUUUUUCUUGGACCCAAUUCACGGUUACUAGACAGCACAAAAAUUCAUGUCGUUAUGUUACGAUUGCGUUUAUGAUUCAUUGUAAUCAAAUAGGGUCCUCCCUCGUAGUCCUAAAGCUUUCUCAUACACAAGUAAUUCGAAAUUGAAACCAUCGAACCAAGAUACCUAAGUCUUGCACAAUUUCUGGUACCAUAUCGUUUUUGGAAUGUAAAAAUUCAACUAUUUUCUAUGGCUACCGAAUACAAACUAAAUGAUGCAGCUUAUUACACAGAAGUCAAAUGACGGAUGACUGUUGACAAAAGCAGUGUUGCUGUUUUAGUUCUAGGUGGGACAUUCAAACAGUCACGGACGUUUAUAUAACAAGAAAAUAAAAGCAGUCAUAUAUUCGAUUAAGUUAAUUUCGUAUAUGUGAUUAUAGAAUAGUUCAUAUUUCUGGAAGCCAGUUUCUGUAUGCUUAUUUAUUUGAAAGAACCUGCACUUCAAUAUUAAUAUAUAUAUAUAUAUAUAUAUAUAUAUAUAUAUAUAUAUAUAUAUAUAUAUAUAUAUAUAUAUAUACCUAAUUUUAUUUGCCAGUCUUCGAAUACUCAAAUUUGUACAUAUAUCUUAGUUUAGUGAUCUCUUCAUUUUGUGAUUGCAAGAAGUUGUAAAUGUAUAAAUAUUCACAGAAACAGACGGACCACAAUUGUCAAAAAGGGCACUAUCAUUUACGAAAAGUAAAGUACAUAAGGAAUUGAUGGUUUUAAAAAAAUUAAUGUUGAUACAAUAUGCAUUUUCAAAAAAUUAUUGAUUACAUAUUUACAUUUGAAAAAUAUUUGUUAUAACUGCUCUCCAAAAACGUAACAGUGGUCGAUAGAUUUCAUAUCACCCUUAAUAUACUCUACCCUAUGAUUUCAGCCCAAUGUUCAACAAGCUCUUGGAGAUCUUAGUAAAGCCAUUCUUUUUUGAAUUGCAUUUUCAACAUCUUGUUUGGAUUCAAAUUUGUCCACACAGGAAUUUCAUAAUGGGUCUAAAUAAAUAGUAAACUGACUAUAUGCAAUCUGAACUAACUGCUGGAUAUGGUAGCAACUCAACACAGUUCUUCGAUUUUUUUCCGCGUAGUAUGUCAUGUUGUAAGAGAACCCACGAUCGGUUAACUAAACCUGGAUAUUUUUCCAAUAAAACAUAAAUUCACAUUAGCUGUCCUCUAUAUACCUUGGUAUCCAUAGAUCGACUAUCUGGAAUGACUUAGAAUUACAUCAAAUCUUCAUAAUUCCACCAGACACACAUCAAGACUUUGCAACGGAUUUUGGUCAUUUUUUUCGCGUAAUUCGUCUGGCACUUUUAUAAUUUCUAUGUAUGAUGUCUUUAGGAAGUCAAAAGAAGUCCUAUAAUCGACGUAUACUGGAUUUCUACUGCUUCUCUGCAGGUUGAGCGUUAAAUCUCCAUUCUUAAAAUGAUUAAAUCAACGCUGCGACUUACUUAUUCAUAGUGUCUUUCCCUUAAAUUUCACAUUCUUGCUGUCUCAGCUACUUUAAACAAUUUUCACAUAUUAAAACCGACGUUGCUUAAAAGCCACCUCUGUAAAAAUGGAUAACUAUUUGACGAGCUUUAAUGACUCUUCAGCACAAGGUUUCUCGUUAAGAGCCUAUCAGUGUAACUGUCCUCUGUCGGGUUCCAAUAUUUGUAUGUAACUAAAAAAAAUGAUUCUGAAGUAUCAAUUUUCAAAUCUAUCUAAAAAUAUUUCGAGUAUAUUUAGAAAGUCUGAAUUUCACUCAUGUUUCAUUACUGUAUUCGAAAUCAAUUUUGUAGCUCAUAUUUUUCUAUAGGGACCGAAAUAUUUAAUUUAAUUAUGUAAUAAACAAUUGGCAUAAACGUAGGUAAACAUUAUUUUUAUUACAAUUUCGUAGUACUAAUAAUACUCAGUGAUAUCAAGAAUAUCAAGAAUUUUUUCUAUUGUUAUAUCCUAAUCACUUCAAUUCAAUGUAACUAUUAAAUUAACAUGUAUCAACAUUUAAAUGUUUUCAUUGUUCAAAUUAUUUCUACUCAUUUGAACCUCAAAGAAUUUAGAAAUAAAAAAAUUGAAGUACUAAUGUCUUAAUCGAUAUCAAAAAAUUGAAGUAAAUACCAAUUUUCAGAACCGUUAUGUUAAUAUAAUUAUCCUCUAAAUUCUGUCAACAUAGGUAAUUAGGGUUAUAAAUUGCUAUGGGAUAAUAGGCAAAAAACAGAAAUUGUUUAGGAGUUUUCGGAAACUAUGAUCUGAGGUCAAGUAGAUCAUCUAUCAGCUGAUUACGGAUCCUAACUCAGAAUCAGAUUUUUAUCCCAGUUUCCCACCAUCGCAUUCAUUUUUUUGUGAAAAUUUCAAAUGAUCUACAAGAACUUUUGAUUUUUAUUACAUUUGUAUGCUUUUAUUCUUCCAUGAUAUUUCUUACUUGUAUAAUAGAUUCUAGAUGUUUAAUAAUUGUUAAUGAGCAGUUAUAUUUACCCUCUCCCAUUCACCCCUUAUUUUUAUAAAUUUCUUAUAUCUUAGACCUUUUCAUGUAUUAAUACAUCUAAAUGUUCUUGAUUUUAGGUCUCUUCUGAUUUCAAAUUAGUCGCUUUUAUAAUUUUUCGAUGAGGUUUGGACUUCUUUUAGUCAUAGUGAUAUUGACUUUCUUAUGAAUGUGAACUAUUUCUAAAAAUUCUAUUUUUUUUUAUCGUAUCGAUGACCUCUUAGUCUAUUUUCUAAAUACUGAGAUGUUUGUUCUAUGUAGAUAGCAUCACAAUUAGUACUAGACCCUUGAUAUAUAAUUUUACUUCUUUUGUUAUUUGGUGUUUCUUGAUUUCAAUUUGGUAAAAUAUUUGGAUAAGUCCUCUAUGACUUAAUAAUUCGAUAGUUGUUGGGAAAGUCCUUGUACAUAUGGUAAGAAAAAAUGUUUUAUGUUCUGAUAUUUCGUUUCUGUUUUAUUUUUUAAUUGAUUGUAGUUUAUCCUUUUCUUGAAUAUGUUGUCAAUCAUUUUUUCCGGAUAAUUAUUUUAUUUUAAUUAAUUUUUUUGCUUUUUGAAAAUGUCUAUAUACCAAAAAGUGUAACAACCGCAAACCUCAGUCUACCAAUGUAAAAAGCAUCAUAUCAAAUGACUACCACCUGAUUAACUCCAUCAGUUUCCGACCAAUAUGGAACGUGAUCCGGGUUAGUUACCGAAUAUUCAUAUCAUAAUUGGAUUAACCCGAUCAUAGUUUCCGAAAAGUCUGUGGUAGCAGAUAGAAAAUACCUCAAGUGCCAGUGAGACUUUAAAGAUACACUACAGUGUCAUUGCCAAAGACUUGUUUUGUAAACCAAUCCAAAUAUUCAAGUCCACCAGAAGAAUCACCAAUUACCAAUAUUUCUAUGAGUGCAAGUUGACUUGAACACUUACUCAAACUAAUCAUCCCGACCUCUAGUCAUACCAACAAUCCUUAAUACUUAUAAAAUCUAAAUAGCUAUGAAUCUACAAUCAAUCGUGAAUUGAUGUAUAUGUACUAGUUCAGAAAUCUCUAGAACAUCGCUCUGUGAUUUAUCAUAUGCAGAAUAUGAGUAAGAUACCUGAUGAUACCUUCCAAGAAACCAUUGAGACAGAUGGACACCUGUUAGGUAAUUGUGAAGCUGUCCAUAGGAAGAAGAUGCAAUAUCUUGGCUUGAAACCGAAAUAACUAAUGGACGUAUCCCCUAGGAGGUAAUUUGGUUUAUUGAGACCUCGUCCUAAUAAUAAACAAUACAUGGUGGUACAAUAUUUGGACCCUGAUAAUCCAAAUGAUGCCUCAAAUAUUUACUGUAUUGAUAAAGUAGUGAACUAUAAGAUAAAUCUAUGGUACCUACGACACCUACCAAAAGAGGAUUCAAAUUUUGGUGGGUAUGGUUAAUAUACAAAACUUGAUGAAAAAGUCCCUAAAGCUCUUGGAAACAUACCAUCCUAAUCGCUUUUACUUAUUACUUAUUACCUUUUUUAAAAAAUGGAAACAAUGUGGAAUGGUUGGUUAAGAAUAAGGUAUACUUGCAGUUGAUUGGAAGUAUUUUUUAGCAGAAAAAUUAAGAAUGGCGCCUCUACAGAGGUUCAGAUCCAUUUACUACUUUAUAUGGACAAGGAUAAGUAUACAACGUUAUAAGGAAGCAUUUUCUAAUUCUUAUGGUUGCAUUUUUUAUAUUGAAUUUUUUGCAGAAAGUCUUAUAAAUUUGGAAAUGAUAGUACAGGGGAGUGGAGACCCUUCAAGAGAGUUAAAGAUGCUAUGAUCUAUAUGAGUCAAUAAAAACUAGAAAAAAAAUUGUAUAUUUGAGUUACUCGCGUCCCUAUCUCUAAUAAUUUGUAUUUUAUUUCUAGGAUUAAGUAAUUUCGACUAGUUUUAUACAAAAAAGUGUUUGACAUAUUAUUUUUGAAUAUUCUUAUGUAACUGUGAAUACCAAAAAUCGUAUUGAAACCAACUAGUACCUGUUUAUGAUUCUUUUGAUAUUUUUACUGUUUAAAUUCAAGUGACGCUAUGUGGUUGGUGCCCUUUGAUGUGGUUCGAUUAAAAAAGAAAUGUCAUAUCUAAAUUACAUGUUGCUUAAACAAUUAAUCCAAUCAAUGAUACCUAUAACAAUUAAUGUAAUCUCUUAUACUCUACUGGUGAUACAAUAUUUAGUAAUCUUCAAAUAAAAUGUAUAUUUAAUGUGCAAUAACUUUGUAAAUAUGCUGCAGUGCUUGUAAAUGUAUAGUUGUAUAUAUACCAAUUGUUAACCGAAGGGUAUUAUUUAAAUUAUUCGAUUUAAACUCCUUGAUGUAUACGAAAACAGUGUAAAACUAAAAAUCAAAAUAAACUCCUAUUCCAACUUCACCACAGCUUGUAACACCUCCACAUUUUCUUCAGUAGUGAACAACUUCUAACAAAACUUCACGUUGAAGACACCACAUCUAUUAUCUGCAAGGUGUCAAUAAGUCAUUACACGUAUCCUUUAGACCGAAAUAAGCCAUUGUCUAAAGUGGUUUAGUUUGUUUGCUGUUUUUAUCAAAAUCGAAUAAAAAAAAAUAAAAUUACAACAUUUUUGAAUACUCUCAUAAAAAUUAUUUUUUAUCUUUACUGUAAACAGCAAAAACAAUUGUUUAAUUUUAUUUUCGUUAUAAUUAUUUUCUCGAAAACCAAAUGGCUAUGGAUUAAGGUAAAUACGAUGUCUGGCUAUUAAGUAACGAGACUGGUUAAGAACAAGAGUUUUAUUAUAAAAAUUAUUCUACAUUCGAAUGCUUCCCUUCAAUAUAUUUCCUUCCCAUCACCACACACCUUUCCAUACGUUUUUUCUAUCGAUCGAAGCAGUGCAGGAAGUCUUCUUUGGUGAGGGCCCUUAGGAGCUCUGUCGUUUUUUACUUUACCGCUUCCAUCGGGUACCUUUCAAAGCAGAUCUAAUAUUUUUCUAACUUUUUCUAUAUCUGCGCUAGAAAAACAUCUGCUUUGAAAGGAACCCGAUUUGAGUCGAUGGUAAAUGGUGAAGGCCAUCAUCAAAGAGGACUUCCUGCUUCGAUCAAUGGAAAGGUGUGUGGCAAGGGGAGGGAACCAGUCUCGUUAUUUAAUAGCCAGACCUCUUAUACGUAAAUCGACUUAUUUUGGUCUAAUAUGUGUGAUGUGUGAACUUUUAUUGAUACCUUGUAUAUUUUACUUUCUCUUUUUCAUAACUGUAUACAUAUCAUAUUUAGACAUUUUACGUAUUUAAUGUCCUAUAGAAAAAUAAAUAAAUGGGAAUUAUUAUAAGUAAUCAACAAAAUAUAUGAAUGGGAGUUUAAUAAUAUUUUUUUUUGUAAAUCAUACUUGUAAAUGUCAUUUGUUACUGCGUAUUCACAAAUCCUGUGUACAGUUUAACAUGUAUUGCCUUUGGGCUAAUUAAAUUCUAUAGCUGUCG